AUGGAGGGCGCCGAGGGGCGGGGAGCAGGCGUGCGUGUGUGUGCGAGCGCGAGGGAGGCCGGCCUUUAGUGUAACCGGAGCUACAAAGAAGGGGAGAGUCCGGGAGAGGGAGGGAGGAGCGGCGGCGGCGCCGGGGGCCUCUGCGCACCCUCCCCGUGGGCAGGAGCCCCCUCGAAGCGGCCUCGGCCCCCGACGCGGGGCCGCCCCUCGGCGCCCGCCCGGCAGCCCGGAAUGAUGAAGAAGAACAAUUCCACCAAGAGGGGGCCUCAGGAUGGAAACCAUCAGUGUGCACCGCCUGAGAAGGUCGGCUGGGUCCGGAAAUUCUGCGGGAAAGGGAUUUUCAGGGAGAUUUGGAAAAACCGCUACGUGGUGCUGAAAGGGGACCAGCUCUACAUCUCUGAAAAGGAGGUAAAAGAUGAGAAAAACAUUCAAGAGGUGUUUGACUUGAGUGACUAUGAGAAGUGUGAAGAGCUCCGGAAAUCCAAGAGCAGGAGCAAGAAGAAUCAUAGCAAGUUCACUCUUGCCCACUCCAAACAGCCCGGGAACACGGCACCUAACCUGAUCUUCCUGGCAGUGAGUCCAGAAGAGAAGGAAUCAUGGAUCAAUGCCCUCAACUCCGCCAUCACCCGAGCCAAGAACCGCGUCUUGGAUGAGGUCACCGUCGAGGAGGACAGCUAUCUCGCCCACCCUACUCGAGACAGGGCAAAAAUCCAACACUCCCGCCGCCCUCCAACUCGGGGACACCUAAUGGCUGUGGCUUCAACCUCUACCUCAGAUGGGAUGCUGACCUUGGACCUGAUCCAGGAGGAAGACCCUUCCCCUGAGGAGCCAACCUCCUGUGCUGAGAGCUUCCGGGUCGACCUGGAUAAGUCUGUGGCCCAGCUAGCAGGCAGCCGGCGGAGAGCAGACUCAGACCGUAUCCAGCCCUCCUCGGACCGGGCAAGCGGCCUUCCCCGACUUUGGGAAAAGCCAGACAAGGGGGCCACCUACACCCCACAGGCACCCAAGAAGUUGACCGCCACAGAAAAAAGCCGUUGUGCCUCCCUGGAGGAGAUCUUGUCUCAGCGGGACGCUGCGCCAGCCCACACCCUCCAACGACGGGCUGAGGACGCCCCAACCCCCAUCCCACACCCCCCGGGGCAGCUGUCCCGGAUCCAGGACCUGGUAGCCAGGAAACUGGAGAAGACUCAGGAGCUGCUGGCAGAGGUUCAGGGACUGGGAGACGGGAAGCGAAAGGCCAAGGAGCCCCCUCGGUCUCCUCCCGAUUCUGAGUCAGAGCAGCUGUUGCUGGAGACAGAGCGGCUGCUGGGAGAGGCGUCGUCGAAUUGGAGCCAGGCGAAGAGGGUGCUGCAGGAGGUCAGGGAGCUGAGGGACCUGUACAGACAGAUGGACCUGCAGACCCCCGACUCCCACCUCAGGCAGAGCCCCCAGCACGGUCAGUACCGGAGGAGCCUGAUGUGAAGGCCCGUGCCAGAGUCUGGAACUCAUGGGGGUGGACAGAUUCUUAUCUCCAAGUGUUGCAGGAUAAAAGCUUUUUUAUUUACCUCAGUCAAAAAAGAAAACAAAAACACAGUCGAAUUCGUUGCUCUUGCUGCUGCCGGACCCUCCUACCGCCCUUAUUUCCCAACCUCCUUUCCUUCCUUCCCCGCCGUCUGUCUCUGAGCCCUAAACUGCCUGAGGUGUGAGGAGCAGGUGACCCCUACAGCAAUAUUAAGAAGCUUUCACCUGGAUGAAGAGAGGGCCAUGAAGGCUCAGUUUGACCGUUUGACCCACACACACCCUCUGAGGUGUGAGGAAUAACCUGCUGCUCCCAACCAUGUGUGUGGGCUCCUAAAUUUAGAGGGGGAGAGGAGGGGGCCUCCCUUAUGUCCCAUUCCAAGUUUUCAAUCUGAGGGUGAAAUUUCAGCUGCUCAACUCUAGAGAUGAGGGAGCCAUGCCACCUGUCCACGCACACAGAAGUGAAGUUUAUCCCAGCCCCAAGGAAGAUUUGUGCAAUUAAAAUCCUCCCUGACCCUGGCCCUCACCAGGCACUGGCUUCUCAUGCCUAUCAGCCUCUGAUUGAGAUCAAGCUGCCCAGCUUUCUUAAUAUGAGAUGUUUCUUCCCUUCAUCUCUCACACCCUUCUCAAUUCAGAGAUACAACCCUGGACGGAGGGGACGGGUUUGGAUUUGGCUAGGGGCGCCUAGCACAGGAGAAGCAGGGACAGUCAACCCGACAGAAAACCAAACUAAAAAAGAAACUGACUUGUGAUGCAUAGGAUGGAGGGGAAAACCAAAUAUGUGCCCGGGUUCCUCUUUCGGCCAAGCUCGGGUUUCCUGUAGCCUCUCCCUCUCCUUCCUCAAACCUCACUUCCAAUACUAAUCAAGCCCCAGCUUUAGAAAAACAUCUUUUUCACUCACACCACCAUCCUCCCAACCACCUGUGGAGUUGCCAGGCUCCCCUGCAUCCUUGGCUGUGGGGAGCCUUUUUGAUUGCUUCUUUCCUCUGAAGUUUCUAAGAUCAAGUUAAUAACAGUGAUAGUGUCAAGAGAUGAGUCAUAAAGGCAAGAUAUGAAUGAUUUUUGGAAAGAAGGGACAGAUAGCCCCCUGAAUCAAACGAAGGGUUAAAAAAAAACUUUGAAGUACAGUUGACACUUGAAAAAUACAAGGGUUAAUCCACCUUUA